UCUCAUAAUUUACUUUGUGAAACUCGCCGUAAAUAUCUAAAAAAAUGGCUCCUAAAGCUGGUGGUGACGCUGCAAAAGUUAAUUCAGCUGUUUACAAAGAUAAAAGCAAACCUACUGACAUUCGUUUAAGCAACAUUAAUGCCGCAAAAGCUGUAUCAGAUGCAAUUCGUACCAGUUUGGGACCCAGAGGAAUGGACAAAAUGAUCCAAGCAGCCAACGGGGAGGUCACUAUAACCAAUGAUGGUGCUACAAUUUUGAAACAAAUGAAUGUCAUUCACCCUGCUGCAAAGAUGCUGGUAGAGCUGUCAAGAGCUCAGGACAUAGAGGCUGGUGAUGGUACUACAUCAGUAGUGGUGAUAGCUGGCGCAUUACUGGAUGUUUCCGAAAAGCUGCUCCAAAAAGGCAUCCACCCUACUGUCAUCUCUGAUGGGUUUCAGAAAGCCUUGCAACUGGCUUUACAGGUGAUAGAAAAUAUGUCCACCCCUGUCGACUUGAACAAUGAAGAAGCUUUAUUGCAAGCAGCUGCCACUUCCUUGAACUCCAAGGUAGUAUCACAGCACUCCACUAUUCUGGCUCCCAUUGCAGUGCAGGCCAUCAGAUCAGUAAUGGAACCAAUCCCUGGCGGAAUCGGCGCACGCGUCGACCUGCGUGAUGUGAAAGUGAUCGAGCGCGUGGGUGGCACCGUGGAAGACACGGAGCUAGUCCAGGGGCUAGUGAUCCCGAACCGUGCCUCCAAUGUAAACGGCCCACAUCGCAUUGAGAAGGCCAAAGUUGGCCUCAUUCAAUUCUGUAUUUCACCGCCUAAAACUGACAUGGACCACAAUGUCAUUGUAUCUGAUUACGCAGCGAUGGAUCGCGUGUUGAAAGAGGAGCGCCAGUACAUCCUGAACAUUGUGAAGCAAAUUAAGAAGGCUGGAUGCAAUGUAUUGUUGAUCCAAAAAUCAAUAUUGAGAGAUGCUUUGAGUGAUCUGGCAAUCCAUUUCCUGGACAAAAUCAAAUGCAUGGUAAUUAAGGACAUUGAGCGUGAAGACAUCGAGUUCGUCUGCAAGACGCUAGGCUGCCGUCCUAUCGCCUCACUGGACCAUUUCACGGCUGAGAACUUAGUCAAUGUUGAAAUGGUUGAAGAGAUCAAUGAACCCACUGGAAAAUAUGUCAAGAUGACCGGUGCUGCCAAUAGUGGUCGCACAGUGUCAGUCCUUGUUCGUGGCACAAGCCAGGCUGUGGUAGCUGAAGCAGCCCGUUCACUGCAUGACGCGCUCUGUGCCGUACGCUGUGUUGCUCGACGACCUGCACUCUUGCCAGGAGGAGGCGCACCAGAGGCAGCAGCCGCGGCGGCACUGACGCAAGCGGCCAUCACAGCGCCGGGAGCGGAUCAUUACUGUCUCCGCGCUUACGCUGAUGCUCUGGAAGUUAUUCCGUCGACACUCGCAGAGAACGCCGGUUUGAAUCCCAUUGAAACGGUCACGGAACUUCACGUGGCACACGUAGUCGACGUAGACCUCGGUGGUGCGCCGGGCAGCGCCGGCGUGAACGUGCGACGAGGUCGCGUCACCGACAUGCGGGACGAACACGUGCUACAGCCGCUACACGUCACCGCCUCAGCACUAGCUCUCGCCACAGAGACCGUGCGCGCCAUCCUCAAAAUAGACGAUAUUGUUAACACACUAAACUAACAGCUGGAUUAUGUCACGAAGUAUUAAUUUAAUUUAGCAUUGCUAGUGGAAGGAAAGUUAUUGUUCUUCAUGUUUUGUUUUAUGUCAGAAUGCUUAUAUACUGCGAAUAUUCUAAUAAUAGUGAAGCUAGUACUUUUCUCAAAUGUUUAUGAGGAAAUUAAACAAUUAAUCUGUAGCUUUGAUUCAUAG